CAAAGAACGCUUUUGACGAAUUUAAAUGCUCCUAAUAGUCAUCCGAGUACAUCUUAAGGAAAAAAGUGACCAGUGCAACUAACGAACGAUCCCUUUUUUGGUGAAAUUCGAUAUCCGAAAGCAGGAAAAUGUCGAGGGAAAAGCAGAAAAUCUCGCAGGUGUCGCAGAUGUCGCAGGUAUCGAGGGCGAGCAAGCAGGACGAGCUGCUGAGCGUGCAGUCGCAGUAUUUCUUGAGAUUAGACGAGCUGAAAUUGACCAAGAAGGAGCGGAUCAAAAAGACCAUUUGGGAUCCGGACACUAGGCAGUUCUUCGGGAGGACUGGCACAAGUUGGGCUAAAAUCGGCCUGUUCUACUUCAUAUUCUAUGGAAUGCUAGCAGCUUUAGUUGCAGUAUGCAUGUGGGUGUUUUUCCAAACGCUGGAUCCCCGAAUACCGAAAUGGCAGCUCGACAGAUCUCUAAUAGGCACCAAUCCAGGCUUAGGCUUCCGUCCGAUGCCCGAAAACAACGAAGAAAGCACCCUGAUUUGGUUCCAAGGCUCCAACAAAACCACCUACACCUACUGGGUGGACAACAUACUGAAGUUUUUAGACAAGUAUUACGUUCCGAGUAAAAUAGCCAAAGGAAACGGCCAGAUCAAAACCUGCUCGCACCACGACUACCCGCAUUUGGGCGAAGUGUGCGAAGUGGAGGUCAGGGAUUGGGAGGAGUGCAACCGCGACCAGUUCUUCAACUACCACAAAAACUCCCCGUGCAUUUUCAUCAAGCUGAACAAAAUCUACGGCUGGACGCCCAUCUACUACGACGAUCCCUACGACUUGCCCAUCGACAUGCCCGAAUCCCUCAGGCACCACAUCAGGAGCAUCAACAACACGAGAGAACGCCAGAACGUUUGGGUGUCGUGCGAGGGCGAGAAUCCCGCCGACGUGGAAUAUUUAGGACCUGUUACUUACUAUCCUAAAGGUGUGCAAGGCUUCCCGGGUUACUUCUUCCCCUAUUUGAAUUCCGAAGGCUACUUGAGCCCUUUGAUUGCAGUUAGAUUCGAACGACCUGUCUCUGGUAUUGUAAUUAACGUGGAAUGCAGAGCUUGGGCCAAAAAUAUCAUCUACAAUCGGGCGGAGAGAUUAGGCUCCGUCCAUUUCGAACUGCUAAUCGACUAAUUGGGUCGAGCAAUAAAAUUUAUACAUUCCAAAAUACCGAGACUGUAUAGGCUUCUUUGUUAGAACACGUUAGUAUUGAUAGUUGCCUAAGUGGCCUUAAGACAUCGCCUUUCUUCUACCAUUUCUACAUAGUUGUAAGUAACGAAACGUCGGAGAAAUUUUUUACCUAUACCAAAUGUGUUUGUCGUAAGCAAUAAACAUUUCAUAUCUAACUCAAUAAAAACACGACAGUCUUAGUUUACAGUGUUAAUUUUAUCAUUGUGUUCUUCGUAAGUUUUAAUUGAUGUAUAUAUUUUUGUAGCCAUAUAGGUAUAGAUAACUGUUUGUUUUAUUUUUUGUUGAAUUCUUUUACCACAGAUCAAUCCAAUUUUUUAAUAAUAAAUUAUUAUUCCAGUACAU